UGAUUAUAAUUGAUUCAUCAGCAUCUUCUUCAUCAUGCCUGAACCAGCGAAGUCUGCGCCUAAGAAGGGCUCCAAGAAGGCCGUCACUAAGACCGCCGGUAAAGGAGGAAAGAAGCGCAGAAAGACCAGGAAGGAGAGCUACGCUAUCUACGUGUACAAAGUGCUGAAGCAGGUUCAUCCUGACACCGGGAUCUCUUCUAAGGCGAUGGGGAUCAUGAACUCUUUCGUCAACGACAUCUUCGAGCGCAUCGCCGGUGAAUCGUCUCGUCUCGCUCACUACAACAAGCGCUCCACCAUCACAUCGAGAGAGAUCCAGACCGCCGUGCGUCUGCUGCUGCCCGGAGAGCUGGCCAAACACGCCGUGUCUGAGGGCACCAAGGCCGUCACCAAGUACACCAGCUCCAAGUAGAGCUCCGCUCCAGUCCCCGAGACUCAAAGGCUCUUUUAAGAGCCACCAUAUUAUCACUUAAAGAGCUUUCAGAGUUUUUGGAAAUGUUUGGGUUACUUGCAGUAAUACCAGUCGUCUUUAUAAUCUUGUAUGAAUGAUUCAGUAGUGUUGUGUUUUUAUGGACGUAUUCU